GAGAUCGGUACUCUGUCAAAAUCUAUACACAACAAAAUUUAUUCAUUUCUCAGAUCCAAACGACUUCGUUUUAGAUCCACGUUCUUCAAUGGCUUCCUCUUUCAGCGGCGAUGAAACGGCACCUUUCUUCGGCUUCCUCGGCGCUGCUGCCGCCCUCGUCUUCUCCUGUAUGGGAGCUGCAUAUGGAACAGCCAAGAGUGGAGUUGGUGUGGCAUCAAUGGGUGUGAUGAGGCCUGAACUGGUUAUGAAGUCAAUUGUGCCAGUUGUUAUGGCUGGUGUUUUGGGUAUUUAUGGGUUGAUUAUUGCUGUCAUUAUUAGUACUGGAAUUAACCCUAAGGCGAAAUCAUACUACCUUUUUGAUGGUUAUGCUCAUCUGUCGUCGGGUCUUGCUUGCGGUCUUGCUGGGCUGUCUGCAGGAAUGGCAAUUGGAAUUGUUGGUGAUGCAGGUGUCAGAGCUAAUGCACAGCAACCAAAACUUUUUGUUGGAAUGAUCCUUAUCCUCAUCUUUGCGGAAGCACUUGCACUCUAUGGUCUUAUUGUUGGCAUCAUCCUGUCUUCUCGAGCUGGCCAGUCUAGAGCAGACUAAGGACAGAGCUGCUCUGCUAGCAUUCUUUAAUGUCUUCUUGUUGUCACUCCCAGAAAAAGAUUAUUUACUAUCUCAGGUCAGUAAUGAUCCAUUGGCAGUUGCAGGUAGCACAAAAUUUGUUGUGGGAGAUACUGUACUGCCAGUCAGUAGAAUACUGCUCCUUUUUCGACAAGUAGGAUUGAGUUUGUCUGCAUAAUAAAGGUUGGGAAGGUUUCCUUGUUUGGUUUUAUUUGUCUAUGUAUUUUGCAGAAAGUUGAAACUGUUGAGCAAAUUAGUUCAUGUAUUUUAUAAGCAUGAAUUCGAAGUUGGAGUUUGUGUUGAACCCUGCAAUUUUUUGAGAAACGAAAUUCAAUAACCUUGACGUACCUUGGUCUUGGAUGACAAGGGACCUCAAACCCGGUCAGCAUUCUGACUAGGCUCCA